AUGGGAAGUUCAGGGGUUAAGGGACAUUCCAAACAUUUGGCGAUCACUGGUACCGAAUUUGAGAAAUCCGAUGUGGCGCGUUUUUCCUCUGCUAGUGAGUGUGUCCAGGAAACACUGACUAGUAAACAUGAGUCUUCUCGAGCUCUUCGGUCGGCUGGAAAAGUCCGACGCUCUAGGAAUAAACCUGAGGAGGAUAGGCGUGAAAAUUUAGCCGGUUCACCGGCUGUUAACUACGUACCAAAGUGUGCCCGGUCCGAGGUUUCCUACAAGUCACGCAAAACGUUUGUCACGACGCUCAACAAAAUAUACGACACGGAGAUCGGAGUUGCACAGUCGACAGAAUUCACACUUUCUUCGCUAAUAGAAUCGCCUGGCUCAGAAAUCAAGGAAAGAGCUUCUGACUAUCGGCGGACUUUGUCUAGCCGAUAA